GUCGCGCUUAUCCUUAGUCCUUUCCUAGAAGUACUCCCAACUUUUCCCUGCCACAACCGUAAAGAAAAGUCCUUUCCCAUUUUCCGUACAUUCAAACGUUGUUACCUAAUCCACACCUGCGCACAUGCGCACUGCCCUCGCCACAACCACCUGUGAAAAUAAUGUAGUAAACCUGUUGAACUUUUACGUUUGUUUCGCUAGAGAAGUCAAUGAACUAUCCAGAAAUAUGUGUCUGUACAGUUUUCAUGCAAGACGGGCGAGAAGAAGCGAUAUCGAAUCGUAAAAGUUGAAAAAAAAUGUGUGAAUGAAUAGAAAAUGAAGUGAAACAGUGCCCUGGACACGUUCGGCAACAUCUCGCAUUCAUUGUUAUCUAAUAUCGGAAUAUGUAAAUGGUAGAUUAGAUAGUGUGAUGGGGACGAUGGAAGAGAAAGUUAACAGGAAAAUGCAUGAGCUCUUCAUGCAAGUGCUCAAAAAUCGGGACCUUUCGAGAGCUGGGGAUUUGUUUUCCGUUCCAGAUGCUAUAAUAGUUAACGAUUUAACUAACGUUCUUAAAGAAAUCACGCUCAUCAUAUCCCUUCCCGAUUACGUCAACAACAACAAUGACCAAAGCGUGGUCGAAAUCUGCGUUACACGAGUCACUUCAUGUAUUCGGGAGACCGGGAGUGUUGAGCAGCACUGUGAUGCACUUGUGGCACUUCUGGAGUCUUGCUUGCACCAUAACCUUCAACUAACAUCACGCGAUGAAGAUCCACCGCAUGCAAAAAUCUCCAGUGAUAUUAUUUCUUGUAUAUUCCUAAAUUAUAGUAAGAGAUCUGUGAUGCAACGUGCCUUACCUGUAGCUGUUAAAUUCUUGCAUAAGGGAAAUCGAGAGUUGUCGAGGAACAUGGCUUCGUAUUUGUCUCUGGCGGCUAUUGAACACGCUUCCUUGUUAACUCCACAUGUGCAGCCGAUUAUGGAUUCGAUUAUCUCAGGCAAUUACCCACUUUGUAGAGUUCUACCAAACAUCUACGAGGUGUCCCCGGAACCAUUCCAAGGCCACGCAAUGGCGUUAGUUUCGCUUCUUCCGCACUGUGACACUCAAGAAAAAUUGGCAUUGUUGCACCUAUUUUCUUUAAUGGCGAAAGACAAUCCUUCGCUGCUGGAAGCCAGUGUGCCCCAACUUUGCGAAUAUUUGAAUAGUUCAGUAACAGCAUCACCAACUUUACAAAUAUUUCUUCACAUGGCCGAAAAGAAACCAGCGUUGUUGGUAGACCAUGUAAACGCUAUGAAACAGUCUGCACAGAGGCAUCCACAAACCGUAUGUUUGGCUGCUCAGAUUAUCGGAGCGGUUGGAAAAUUGAGUAAGGAUCAAGCACAGGAUGCCCUAAAUUUCGUCCUCGAAUGUCUGCCGAAAGCUGACAGAGGUUCACAGAGCACAUUAUUAAGAGAAGCGACGAUGUUGUGCAGUUCUUAUCCAGUACUUUUCACAGAUAAAGUUUUAGCUGGAGUGAGACAGAGGCAUCACACUAGUAGUAAUCAAAUCGGUUAUAAUAACAGUGUACAAAACCAAGUGACAUCUGGCGGUGUCACCAUUGUUAAAGUAGGCGGAGUCCAGCAAAAUACUCCUGUACAACAAGGUGGAUAUACUCGUAGAGCUAAAUUGGGUGAUUCGAGAAGUACUGGACGAUUACAUACACCACAAACUACGAAUACUCAUCGCAGCAUGACAAAACUUAACAUUCCUGGAGGUUCAAUCGGCGGCCUACACAAAAGUAUGACGCGGCUUAGUUCUUCUCAACAAAUAAAUGCAAUAACUCAACCUUCCAAUAAUGUAACAGUCACAAAUACCCACAAGUACAUCAACAAUAAAGUAUCAAGCGGAGGAGUGACCGUCACCACCAUUUCGCCGCCGCGUAUGCAGCGGCCACUCAGCCAAGGACCUUUAACUCUAAAUACAAAUCAAAACAGUCAAGUUACUAUAACACCACUACCAAUCACAUCACCGCAACACCCCAACUCCGUGACAGUCAGCUCAGUAUACACAGGUCCUAUAUCCAGUGGCCAAGUCUCGGUCCUCAACACCAACGCCAACAGUGGAGCCACUCAGACAAUUUCAGUGGGAUCUAACAGUCUUUUAGAUUCUUCAAGUUCGCAUCUAGCACCAAUAACUUCAACAAUGGGCAGCGGCAACGUCAGUGUCAACAAUCCAGUCACCGUGGUGUCUCGACGUCCAAACAACACAAGCGUGACUCUGCUAAAUUCCAACCAAAGCUCUUUGGCCAAUCAGAGAAUGAGUGUAUUCGAACCUUUUCCGAUGAGGGAUACGAUUCAACACUUCUGCGAGAAACACUUAGAUAAAAUAAAAGCCUACAUGGACAAGGUCUCCAUAAGGAUCCCAUCACCAGCGAAGUGCACCAUUGAGGAAAAAAGACAGAAGAAAUCGGCCAAACUCCAUUUCGCGUGUCAAGGUGGGGGACAACACUGUCUUUACAAUAAGACAUACUUCACCAUGAGGACACGCAAUCCUAGGACAUGGAUACACUUGAUGUUUAUUUCUUUACAGGCCCGGCAUCAACAUGCCUUAAGUUCGCGGGAUACUCAAGUUGCCAGUUUGAAGCACUGUUGGGACAUGCUGAAGUGUGAAAAUAAGACUUUUUUGACUCUGGUUACCAGCGCUUUUCCGUGUCCCAAAGACCAGGAUGCGUUGAUUAACGAAUUGCGGCAUGCCGGGUACUUCGACGUGUUCCAGAUAUGUCCACAGAACGUGGGAGGUUCAGCCGAUCAGCUUGAUGGGAAUUCGUUUAAGUGGGGUUGUUUUUUGUGUGCACACCCCGAAAGAGCCGUGGGAUUUUUAAGAGGAGACACACAACCCGUCAUCGAAGGCCAAUUGAAAGAAAAAAAAGGUCGGUGGAGGUUAUUCCGAAGAUGGAGAACGCGAUAUUUUACCUUGUCCGGGGCGCACUUGUCCUGCAAGGGUUCGAGUGGGGGUGAAUCCAUCGACGUGAAUCAAAUCAGGUCAGUCAAGGUGUCGAGGGGUGCCAGGAACAUACCCAAGGCGUUUGAAAUCUUCACUGGAAAUCAAACUCUCAUUUUGAAGCCCAAAGACGGCAAAAACGCCGAAGAGUGGGUUCAAUGUUUGAGCAUAGUCGUUGCGCAUUCGCACGCGAAAGAAUUACCAGGAAAGAGCAAUUCGUUACCCGCAAGAGGUAUCAGUUCUAGUCGUGCUGUUAUAUAAAUAUUUAUUUAAUUUUUUACUCACGUUUUUGUUAAUUUUUGCAAUCUUAUUCAGAAGAGUGUAUGUUUACGUAUGGUGCUAACUGAAUAUUAUAAUUAUUUUGAUUUUGGAUUUUUAAUGUAACGCUUUUUUAUUUUUGUUUUGGUCAUAGAUCGUCUAGUUUAUAUAUGUAGCAAUUUGAAAAGCGAGUACUGCAUUAGCAUAGGUGAAAAUUUUCGCUCUCUGUGAUAAAAAUUAGCAUCAAGACUUGACAUGACUGAAAGUAAGUUACUUUGCACAAAAUCACUGCUGAUCAGUACUUAUGAGACUUCCAAAAAUAUACAAUUUUUAUACAAUUAGACUAAGGGACAUUAUAAAGCACAAUGAAUACCUAUUUUGUAGAUUUAUACUUAAUAUAUAUUAUUAAUCCAUGAAAUACUGUACUUAAUUUUUAUAUUAUUAUUAUUUUGUAACUUAUAGCUAUUGUUUUUUUUUUUAAAUAUAUUUUUGUUUAUGUUCUA